AUGGCACCGUAUGAAGCUCUUUAUGGAAGAAAGUGCCGAUCACCAAUAUACUGGGAUGAAAUAGAAGAAAGAAAGGUUUUAGACCCAACUGCAGUACCAUGGAUCGAGGAUGCGUAUGAGAAGGUCACACCACUUCGAAGUCUCACGGCGGGAAAAGGAAAGAAGCUUCAACUGAGAUAUAUAGGACCUUUAGAAAUUCUUCAACGAGUAAGGAAUAUGGCUUACCGGUUGGAAUUACCAGCAAAUCUAUCCAGGAUCCAUGACGUGUUUCACGUUUCUAUGUUGAAGAAGUAUCGUCCAGACCCCACUCAUGUACUGAACCCAGAAGAAAUUGACAUUGACGAAUCGCUGACUUACGAAGAAAGGCCGGUACAGAUCUUAGAUCGAAAAGUAAAGGAAUUAAGGACUAAACAAAUACCCUUGGUAAAGGUUUUGCGGAGAAAUCAUGAGGUAGAGGAAGCUAUUUGGGAAGUGGAAGUAUCCUGA